AUGGGUGUCAUUCGUCUACCUCGUCCAACGGGCAUCUAUGUCCCCAAUUCCCCCCGAACCCUCACCAAUGAUAUGAUCUCUCCGCCCCUUUCUCCUGAAUUCAGUUUCGACUCUGAGACUAUAAUCCCCUCCAUUCUCCCCGCCAUGGAAUAUAUUUCGUGUAAACUUCAACAACGAAUGAUGCAUGUUACUCUUCUGGUGGGCCGCGGCAAGCCCUAUCCGACCGGCCAACCCUCCGACCUAAUGGUUAUCCCCGUCACACCACUCGAGCCCCAAUCUUCGCGACUUCUCGAAAGAUCACUAGCCAAGGCAUCAAGAAAGUUCUCCCUGGGUACCAGCUGGACCGACGCCCUCGGUCGUAGCCAGUACGAGCGAAAGGCAAACGAGUGUCUGGUUAAACAAUCCAUCCUCCAAAAUGAAGUUGUCUUCAGCCAGGAAGGCCUGACCCUACUCAACAUGGAUCGCAUUUAUACAUUUAAACGACGGAUGUGUAUCCUUUCGAGCAGACCAUUCUCGCGCUCGGAUCAGCCAUCCAUGACUUCCUGCAUCCAGCUACUUCAUCGCAUCGUCGAAGAUUAUCAAGGUCGACCAUUCAGCAAGGCCUUCUUUGACUGCUUCUAUGAACAACUACAUAUCCCCGAUGAGCAGCUGGCGGCUAUUGCAACUGCAUAUAAGAGCAUGUACAAGAAAGACGCCAUCAUCAUUCCAUCAGUUCCUGAGCCUGAGCGUAUCCCCGAACGUCUGCCCAUGCGCAUCAAAAUCCAACAAGUUCAAGCUGUCAAGAUUGAGCAAGCUCCUAAGGUCAAAGUUAUCGAAAUUGAACAGACCCCCAAGAUCAAUGCUGUCAAGGCUGAGCCGCUUCCCAAGGUGAAGGCAAUCAAAGCCGAUCGACCCCGUGAGCAUGUGAAGAGUGCUCGUGAAUAUGCCAAGAAGUCGCCUGUCAUUCACACUGUUCGUGGUCGGAGACAGCCGCCGCCUUCAAAAAUGAAAUAUCAGACGAGACGUGGACCGAAAACCCCCUUGUCGGCCUCCGAUGUCACACCCAUCACGAGAAAUGAAUGGAACAUGAUUAGCAAGGACGUUCGUCAACAGCCCAAAGUGACCAAGUGGAUUCCGUCUCCAACUGUUAUAGCUGUCGCUUGA